GCUACAGCGACUUCAACCCUGCUCCAGGUGAAGCAACAGUCGGUCGCCACUUCUCUCGUCGACCAGGCCGGUUUCUGCUUCUCGUUUUCAGCGAUUUCCUGCCGCCGCGUCGCCCCAACAGCUAAAUGGUUCUCCAGAGCUUGGACAUGAAGCUCAUAUGAAGUCCGGGUGCAUCUCUGGAGAAGCGCCUCCUCUCGCCCCAGCCGCUCACUGGUGGAACGACUUUCUAAAUCGGCAUGCCGUCUUCUUCAUGACUUGAGGAUCUCCACCCUCACUGAGAUGCUUUCCUGAUUUCAUCCUGACUGAGGCUUCAUCUGCACCAUGGCUGCAAAUAUCAUCGUGGAACACCAGGUCUCUCACAACUUCACUGUGACCGUUGUGCGAGCGGAGAGUGUCACCAAGGGCGCACUGGGAGACUUGUUGGACACUCCCGACCCCUAUGUGGAGCUUUUUAUAAAGACGGCUCCUGAGAGCAGGAAGAAGACGAAGCAUAUCGACAAUGACAUUAAUCCAAAGUGGAACGAGACCUUUCACUUCAUACUGGAUCCAAACCAGCAGAACAUUUUGGAGAUCACGUUAAUGGAUGCCAACUAUGUCAUGGAUGAGACCCUCGGGGCGACCUCGUUUGACAUCAGCACCCUGACAGUUGGUCAAACAAAGAAAGAAACGUUCCUCAUUGGCAAAGCAACAAAAGUCUUCUUAGAGAUGUCCUUGGAGAUUUGCACCAACCAAGACCUGCGAUUCAAUCAGACCUUGUGUGACAAGGAGAAGCAAUAUAGACAGUCUCGCCGGGAACGAGUCAUGUUGGGAAUAAAAAAACUUCUGGACAUGGAGAAGCCUCGGUUCCUUCCCAGCUCUCCAGAUCAGGUGCCAGUUAUAGCUGUAGCAGGCUCUGGAGGAGGCUUCCGGGCCAUGGUGGGACUCUCAGGUGUGAUGAAGGCCCUCUUUGAGUCAGGGGUGAUCGAUUGCGUCACCUACAUAGCUGGUCUUUCGGGAUCUACCUGGUACAUGUCCACUCUGUACUCUCACCCUGAUUUUCCAAAUAUAGGACCAAAGGAGAUCAACAAGGAGCUGAUGCAGAGAGUGAGCAGCAACCCCCUGAGACUGCUUCUACCUCAACACAUCACCAACUACAUCCAUGCUCUCUGGAGUAAGAAGAACUCUGGACAGCCUGUUACCUUCACUGAUAUCUUUGGAAUGCUUAUUGGAGAAACACUUAUACCAGCUAGGAUGGACAUCAAGCUGAGUGAGAUCCAGGAAAGGGUCAACCAAGCGCAGUGCCCUCUCCCUCUCUUCACAUGUUUGCAUGUCAAGCCGGACGUUUCGGAACUCAUGUUUGCAGACUGGGUUGAGUUCAGCCCUUAUGAAAUUGGGAUGGCAAAGUACGGCACCUUCAUGACUCCAGACUUGUUUGGAAGCAAGUUCUUCAUGGGAACUGCAGUGAAGAAGUAUGAAGAAAACCCUCUACACUUUCUUAUGGGGGUGUGGGGCAGCGCCUUCUCGAUUCUCUUCAACAGAGUUUUGGGGGUCAAAGACUCAACAGGGGGUAGCACCAUGGAGGAAGAGCUCGAACAGAUAAAGCCGCAGCACAUCGUGGGAGAGGACAGUUUGGACAAUGACGACGAACCACGUAAAGUCGGCACAGAAAACCCGGAAGCUGAGGAGGAGUAUCACCGCACAGCCCAGGCCAGUUGGGCCCAACGGAUGUUCACUUCUCUCUUUGGUGACUCGGCGCUAUUCAACACCAGAGAGGGCAGAGCUGGCAAGGUUCAUAAUUUCAUGCUGGGCCUGAACUUGAACACCAGCUUGCCCUUCUCUCCCUUGACUGGAGUCACGCAGCAGGUCUACACGCCUGAGGAUGAGGUGGAUGCUGUCACAGAUCCUGAUGAGUUUGAUCUCAUCUAUGAGCCUCUGGAUGUAAAGAGCAAGAAGAUCCAUGUGGUGGACAGCGGCCUGACCUACAACCUUCCCUACCCUCUCCUCCUGCGGCCACAGCGUGGGGUUGACCUCAUUAUUUCCUUUGACUUUUCCGCUCGACCGAGUGACACCAGCCCUCCGUUUAAGGAACUGCUGUUGGCGGAGAAGUGGGCUCGGAUGAACAAGCUCCCCUUCCCAAAAAUUGACCCCAAGGUCUUUGACAGGGAAGGGCUCAAGGAAUGCUAUGUAUUCAAACCUAGAAGGGGAGAAAAAAACUGUCCAACUGUCAUCCACUUUGUCCUGGUCAACAUCAACUUCAGGUCAUUUAAAGCACCUGGCGUCCCCAGAGAGACAGAGAAGGAGUUUGAGUUGGCCGACUUUGACAUCUUUGACGACCCAGAGACGCCGUUCUCCACCUUUAACUUUCAGUACUCCAACGAGGCCUUCACCCGGCUACAUGACCUGAUGGAGUUCAACACCCGCAACAAUCUGGAGGUCAUUAAAGAUGCUAUUAAGGGAUGUGUUGAAGCCCGGAAAGAGAAUCCUGGAGUCUCCCUGCCGUUCUCCCUCAGCGCACUACCGAACAGGAGGUUUCUCAACAAGGCUGCUCAGAAGAAGAACAGCAGGAGUAACCUGGACAACGACAAACAUUAACAAAUAGACUGGAUGAUAGCGAUUUCACGAUAGGCUUAGAAGAGGAUUCCACCGACGGUCACUAUGAGAAUUUUUGUGGGCUCUUUAUUUGCACGUGAUACGAAUGCUGGAAGCAGAGACAGUUUGGAACAGUUAACUGUACAGAGCUGAGACUGUGCGUCUUCUCUCGCACAUUGACUGGAUUAGGACUUUGGGUUGUUGCUUCAAAUACACAAAAGAAAUUGUAAUUCGCAACUUUGUCAGUUGUGUUGUCUUUGGUGAUCCAUGCUCACUUCUUUAAGAUGGGAAUUCAAACGAAGGAAAAACAGAGCACUGCUGAAUGUUUUUUAAGGUCAUCAGCCACACAGCGCAGCCGAUACUAACUCUCGAGAGAUCUUCCCCAUGUAGAAAAACGCCAGGCAAUUGUAGGGUUCUAUAAAUAGGAACUUGUUUUGGUGUUUAAAAGAUCCAGACUUUCUGUUCAGGAUGGCAUCAUCUGACAGCAAGCAGUGCUUAAGUUGAACGUCGAGAUCUUCUCAGUGACGUUUAAUCAGUUUCCAGGUGUAUUUUGGGCUUAAUCCAUUAGCAGAGUCGUAUGCUGCCAGUGAACAGAGAAGAACAGUGAAGGAAGAAGCAACAAAUCAAUCUUUAAAAGGAACGCGAUUCCAAAAUGUUGUGAGGUAAAGGUGAAACCUUAUUUAUGUUGUGUUUUGUUUUUUUUUAAUCACUUGACUGUUACUAAUAAAGCUCUCAUAUUUUGGCCAAAAUGUCCCAUUAUCAAUAAAAAUUCUUACAA